GGACAAGAUCAGCAGACCAAGUCAAGCGCAGGAGGUCCGACUAUCGACAGAUGGUGGUCGCAAGUGUUUAUCUAGAUUCGAUCGAGUUUUGAACGAGCUGCGAGAGAGGAAAAAGGGAGAGAGAAAGACUGAGGAGGCUGCGCCCAUUUGCGCUGGGGACGCGUUCCUUCCGCACCGUUGGAUCGAUCGCACUUGCCUCGACGCAUCACAUUGAUUACAGUCAAAGACGACGGCGACGACGACGACGACGACGACGACGACGCGUGUGUUGACUGUGCUGGAGACGAGUCUGCACGACUGCGCCCUUCAACAUGUCUCUGCAGCCCUUUGUCGACAAAAAGGUCCUUGUCAUCACCGUCGAUGGCCGAACCUUGGUUGGCACUCUACUCUCCUGCGACCAAGUGACGAACAUAGUCUUGAACGAAACCGUCGAGAGAAUCAUUCGACCCGCAGACGAUCCAGAGCCGAGUUCAGAGGUACAGCAUGGGCUAUAUUUGGUUAGAGGAGAUAACAUCACCAUUGUCGGUUUGGUCGAUGAAGAGUUGGAUAACAGUAUCGAUUGGGAAAAAGUCAGAGGGGAAGUGAUUGGCAGCACAAAGCAUGUGUGAACAGCAGCAGCAGCGAAGGACGAUAAUUCAGGGGAGAUUGAAUCCCGAAAUCUUUUCAACCUUGGGAGCCUUUGGCCGUCACUCCAUCUACGCAGCAAAAAUGCUUCGUAAUGAGCAAUGGUUGCGAAGUGGCAUGCCAGCCGAAACGAGCCUUAGCAGUCUCUGGCUGAAAGUGGUCAUCGUACAAGGAUUCGCUCUGCAGGUACCUCGCGAGUCGCACACCACAGAGAAAGCUCCAUUUUGAAGCGGAUGGUGCGGCUCAUAAAUCGAUCACAGCAUACAGGCGGCCACGAGGACACGAACGGGCCGCAAAGCUGACAAAGUCUAAAGAAUACCAGUGAAGCAGCUUGGAUGAAUGACGGGAAGCGAUAGUGUCCAACUACAAACGAAACCAAUCAGCGCUCAAUCAGGCUUUCUUCAUUCUUCGAUAUCUAGUUCGUUUGGUGUACGGCCAAUCAUCUAGCAUUGAGAGCAUGAAUACGAUUUAGCGUUUUGCAGGCUAAUCACCACCACAUCAUUUUAUGGUUCGUCAAGCUCCUCUAUCUUUUAUCCUUUUCAAAUCGUGAAGCGGAAAGAAGGAUGGUCAUCUCCUAGGUUCGACUUCUCGUCCUCGGGCAGAUUGUAUCUAUAGUCUCUCUUCCCCUGAUCCCUCAGUCGGUUCUCUCUCUUGAUCCAAAACAAGAAUGCGACAGAACUGAUCACGCAAAACCAGACCAGGCCGAG